AUGGCUUUAGAAAUAUCUUUAAGAGAGUUAUGCUCGAGUUUAACAUCUGUACGCGCUACUGAAAGAAAGAAAAGUGCUGAAGCCCUCAAAGAUAUGCUCAAUAGAACAGCAGUUCCUAAUUUACUCAAUGAAAACACUCUUAAAAAAUCUGGCUACAAUUGGAAUCAUGUGUUUAACGAUGUCAAUGAUUAUAUUCUGAAGGAAACUGAGAAGUUUGAAACUAAUAAGAGUUUUUCCACAAUAGUUGGACUGGCAACAAGUCUACUUAAUUUAUGUGUUUCAGGAGCUAAUAAAGGAGGUGUAUACAUAAAAUGUGAUAAUGUCAUUGACGCAUGUUUAAACAUAUUUAAUGAUAGUCGCCUUAGAAAAGCUGUUGGUGAUGCAUAUUUUAGUGUAUUGCAUAAGCACAUAUUGAACCAUGACUAUUAUAUUGGAUUUAUUACACCUUCAAAGUGGGAAAGUCUAUUGGAUGCAUAUAUUUGUAUUUGCCAAGAUAAUUCAUCACAGUUAGACAACUUAACAAAGACACUGUUAUUGUGGGUAAUAUUAAAAAAUGCAAGUGCUACCACCCAAUUCCUUGGAUGCCUCAGGGAAUCAUUACCAGAUAUACAAAAAUGUUUCCAAAAAUUUGUGCAUGAUAAAAAAGUACAAGAAAUCAUAAUGAAGAUAGUGCUUUUACUUAUAGAAUCGCUGUGCACUGAUUCUCGUCAUCAAGUAUGUCAGUUUUCCGAAGAUAUCCUUCCGCUAGUCUUUAAGUUUUACGAUUAUGGUAUGGAUUUUAAGAAAAAGGCUUUAUUAUUUGAAGUCUUACAAAUAACAAUGAGAAUCCAUCAUCCAUAUGGUAGAUUACGAAAUGAAGAAGGCAGCUUGGCACAUGAUUGGGGAAUUUGGUACAAGCAUAUGCACAGUAUAUUAGAGAUAGUCUGUCUCGAAGUCAAUUCUAUUCAGAAAUAUUGGAAACAAAAUAGCAAAUCUUUAAAGCCUUGUGAAAGGUUUUCAGAGCUAGCUGCUAUUACAUAUUAUCAGAUUUUUAAUGAAAACACUAGUGAAACAUAUGAAGGAGGCGAAAAUUUGUCAAAGAGACCAAAGCUAACCUUUAAUAAUAAGUCAUCAUUUAGUGAUUUACUUCAAGAAUUAAGACAAAAUCACGAGCCUUGGAUUGGAAUAGUGCACAUGUAUGUCAAACAGUUUAAAGUUACUCUCAAAAGUAAUGAUUUAAUCUCUCUAAUAAGGAUAUCUGAGGUUUUAAUUGCCAAUACCAGCAAAAUUACGAAUUGGGAUGGUUUGAGUGAAAUGACUUAUACAGCAAUCGAUUACUUUGCACAAAAUCACUUACAGAAUGAAAUUAGUCAAAAUGAAGUAUUUAUUACUCUGUGGAAUACAUGUGUUAGGAACUCCUCUUUGAAUAAUGACUCACACAAAUACAUCCACAUGAUAAUGAAGUGCUUAUUGAGAUUGGAUGUUUUGACAUAUUCUCAAAUACAUCCACUAUUGAUUCUCUAUUUUGAAAAAGGAAUGCCUAUCAACAACCACAGUCUAGAAACAUUAGAUGUUGUAUUUUUUAAAUUUUAUUGCAAUUGCUCUUAUUUGGAUCAAAGAAUAAAAUGCUUCGAUUGGUUGAAGCAUUUAGAUAUUUCUUGUGUUGGCGUAGAAGCCACAAUUAAGAUUUUGGUACGUUUAAUUGUUAAUGAAAACCUACCUUCACCUCGGAUUGACGUCAAGUGCGCCCUACCAAAUGAGAUUUACGAAAUUCUAUUUAAUAAUAUUGAAGCUAGCAUAUUGUUUACUAAUUUUGAAUAUGAAGUGAAGACUGCUAAAGAGGUAACCGACAGUGAAGACGAGUUGCGAGUUCUAGACCUAAAUCAAGAUAUGAGUGAACUGAUUAUGAACCAUUUAGAGAAUAAACUCACGGAAUAUUCAAAUACAUCGUGGCCUUGCAACUGGACCCGAGAAAUUCUCGAAGAAGAUUUUGGGAACUUUCUAAACGCCAUAUUACGUACGUGUGUAGAAGAGAAUUGUUUUCAUGCUAUUAAUGCGGUCCUUAAAACAGACGUAGAUUAUGACGAAGAGGAAAAUAAUUACGAAGAGGAAAUGGAUAUGAGCACUGUCGGCCUGAAACAUGAAUGCGUAUAUUUUCUCGCUGCGUUCUGCUCGCAGCCACAUAAACACACAGAUGAACUGUUAAGGUGCAUUUUAGAUGAAGAUCUGUAUAAACUGGAAUCUCGUUGGGAUAGAGAGUGUGCCUUGAAGUGCAUUAAUACAAUAGUAACGCAUGAUAAAGAUAGCAAAUACCUCGACAUCGUGUUCAGCCUUAUGAAGCACAUGUGCAAAGUUUUGUUCCGCAACUCGAAAGCUACUUUAGGUCUACUUCAAAUAUUAGUUAAAAUACUUGAUAAAAUAUGGGCUGCCAAAGACACUGUUUUAAGAACAAACUGCAUGAUAAUGGUCAAAGGAUAUUAUGAACGAUGCAAUAAAUCAUUCUACCCUCCAAACGUUGCGGCAUUGAUAUACGAAUGUGUGGCACGUGCUCUUAAGCUUAACAGAAAGUGUGGUAUAGAGCUCGAUGAUUACUUCAAAGAUAUUGAUCUGAGCCUCCAAUUGAAGGGGAAAAUACAUAACAUAAGGAUUUACUGUUGUUACCUCAUGACACACAAAUAUGAUAAUAUAGAAGAAGGCGAUAUACAGUCAAUAUCCAACUCUAUGGCAGAUAUUUUCGUAAUAUCGAUGCCCUCUGAAAACGAAGUAAUCUUAAAAGACGAAAGUUAUAACAGAACACUUACAGUGUUGCACUGCUUUUGUGCGUUAUCUGACAUAAAGCAUUCUCUUAUACAUGAUGUUAUCUUUGAAAUAAUUCACUUUCAAAAGAAAAAAUCGCUUAGCAAACGCCUUACGCGAAAAGUAAUGAAUAUCAUCGUAAAGCGAAUCACACAACAUAAUAUCGAUUAUUACGUGCACAAUAAUAUUAUGGGAUUUUUUCACUCGUGGUUCAAUAGAAAUGAGAAAUUUGAAAACUUCCCAUUGUUGCUGUUGGGUUUUGAAUCCGUUGAAAUGUUUCUAGAGAAACAUCUUAAGUGGCUGGUUGCAGCUGAAAUAUUAUGGUAUUGCAAUGGCCACAUUGAUAGAAGCGAAACUAUUAAAAUGAUUGUAUCUAAAUCUAAGAAAACGGUUGUCGAUAUUAUUGAGAUGUGUUUUUGUUCCAUAAUAACUCUAUGUCUUCCAUAUAUAGUAAUUGAAAAGUACAAAUUAGAGGGGGAAAAGCAUUCCAAUUUUAAACCCCUUUUCGAAAAUUCUAACAGAAUGUUUCAAUCUACUCGAGCCAUUUUAUUGAAUGAGAAAUGGAGUAAUUUAUUCGUUGAGCAUAUGGGCGAUUUGAUCUUGUUAGCAGCUUCUAAUGUGUGUGACCCGCACGCCGCUAAGGAAGAUUUUCAAUUACAACAGAUCCAUAGGAAGAAACAUACAUAUUUGUAUUCCAAGAUUGUUUUUAAAGCCGUAUUGAGGUAUUUUGGGGAGCUUAUUGACGGCGACGUAAUGCAAUACCUUAAUGAAAAUCAACCCUUGGUGAUCUUAAAUAUUAUGUUUAAACUAAGAGGCAACAUGGUACACGAAAAUGUACUAGAUUUGAAAAUUCUACAGCUGCACACCUAUGUUUCUUUCAUAGAAAACGUACCACUUGGAUAUGAAUCAGACUUAGUGUUGUUUAAUUUUGUAUUCAGCAGUCUAGCUAGCGCCAUCAAUUUGUCUACAACGGCGAGUGAAUUAGAAGUGUUAUCGAAAGCUUUAAAAAUUAUUUUGUGUAGAAUUUCCAAAGAAACACCGAAUAGAUUUCAAUCGCUGCUCAAAGAUGUCACUGGCAGAAUUUUAUCAAUAUUUAGUACGAAAAGCGAAAUGACUUUAAUAGGCAGAGAUUAUUUUAAUGAUACUUUAACUGGGAGUGAUGAGGUAGAUAGCGUAUAUAUGGCAUACAAAAGCAUAAUUAGUGACCAUAUAUGCACUAGUGAAUUGCAAUUUGAAAAUAUGUUCGAAACCUUCAUUUCAAAUUUAAAAUAUCCCAGUGUCGAAAUAUUGUCAAACUUGAGGCAAUUUCUUUCAAAAAAUGCUGUUUAUGUUAGCAAUGUUUGUAAGAAUUUGAAUGUAAAGGGCUUCUCUGAAGACUGCGCGAAUACUGGAAUUCAUCGAAUUUUAAAUGCACUUUUUGGCAUACUUAAAUAUUCAAAAGAAACGAAGAUAUUGGUAGAAGCAUGCAACUGUGUCGCCGAAUUGUCUACCUACGAUUUAAAGACGCUAGUUACGGUUCCGCCGGCAAAUACUGAGAAAAUAAGUACUUUGCCACCUAAACAAUAUUUCGUGUACCAUGUACUGUUGACACUGUCUAGUGAACUCUUUGAUGAUAAUCCUUCUGUUAACAAUAAAGUUGCUAUAGUCAUCAACCAUGCUAUGAAAUACCGCGAUGGUAAAGCAACUUUAGAUAUGGAUGGAAUUCCCAAAAAGUUAUUGCAUCCCCUUUCACCAACAAGCUGUGAAAUAUUUGCUGAAUACCAAAUUGAUGAUGCUAAGCUGGAAUCUUUCAGUGAUGUUGACCUUUGGUUACCAAAGCAAAACGAAGAUAAUUUCGAGUGGGUUGUAAGAAUUACCACAGCCCUUUUGAACCUAAUAGUGCCAGGAAAUAACUGCGUUGCUGUUCUUAGUGCAGUUUGUUCUUUAAAGCCAGCAGUCUCAGCGACAGUUAUGUCUUCCGUGUUAGGCCUAUUAUUCGAUGCUGAUACUAAAUCGAAAUCAGAGAAAAUUAUAAAAAUCGUAGGCGAGCAAAUAAACCAGUUUUUCAGUUACAUAUGGGAAAUGACAUUUGAUGACAAACUCGAAUACACGGAAGACGGGACCGGCACUAGUUUCUCCGCUAAAUUAGAUCACAAGCACAAAUUGAUUAUCCACUACCUUUUGGGAGUUGUCAACUUUGUUCGGUUACAAGCGAAAACUUAUAAAAUCAGAACAGCCUUAUCAUUGAAUUAUCUAAACCUGGACUACAAGAAAGUAGCCUGGGCAGGUGCGUUGGCCGAUUUAAACCUAGUAGCCAUAUACUAUGGUGAAUUAUGGGCGACAGCCCAAAAUGGCGGUGUUCCUCCAGCGUCACCAGAUUCAACAUCUAAUCUAGACGGCGGCGGCCAUUUGCAAAGAAUUUUAAGGGAGUGUUUUGUAUCGAUUGGAGAGCUUGACGCCGUAGAAGGCUGUGGGACAGCACAUUUGACCAGUGAGGAAGAGAAGCGGAAGCAUCUGAUCAAUACUGGCCAGUUUACUGACUCCUUGCUCCUUCACGACAUCGCCUUGUCUUCUGGUUCGCAAGAUCUCACUCUCUUCCACGGAGCUGUAACCUCUUUGCAUCGUGCUGGGAUGCACCAUCUAGCUCUGCAGUAUAUAAAGUCGUGUCCCGAGAGCGAAAAACUUAAUGAUAUUAAGUAUGAUUGCCUGUCUCUCCUUGGCGAGUGGAGUGACCUGGUAGAUACUCAGAAAUUGGACCAAAAAUCUAAAUUACUUUCCUGUAAUAGCAAUUCUAUCACCAGAAUGUAUCGGUAUGCCUGUCUGAAAGACUGCCUCAACUUACAAGCGUCUGAAGAUUUUUACGUCAAGCUUGAUAACAUCUUGAAAAGAGCAAAACUUUCUAUUUCAAGAUUAUGUCACAAUUUAAACAUUGAAAACUCACAGUGCAUAUACAAAAUUAUGGCCAGCUUGCAUUUGUUUCGGGAUAUAGAGAACUAUUUCGCUGUAAGAUGUAACAAGGAACCUAUAUUGACAUUCCUAGAUGAUUGGAAGGUUGAAAAACUGCCGCCUUACAGAGACUUCAAACACAUUGAAACUGUAAUAUCGCAGCGUUGUCUUAUACUUCAGCAUGCCUCCGAAAAUUAUGGUCUACAUGCAUCCCAAAUUAACUCCCUCCGUUUACAAUAUGCUGAAUUGGGAUUAUCAAAUGGUCGAGUUCAAAUGGCACAACGCAUAGUUGCGACGAUUAAAAGGUUGUAUCCGUCUAAAGAAGUGACACUUUUGGAGAGUAAAGUAUCCUGGGGAAAAGGGCAGAAGGACAUAGCUCUAUCUCUUUUGCACGACAAUAUUCUUGACGUUUCUGAUAAUGCGGAAGUGACUGCCAUGUCUUUGAGACAGUAUGGAUUGUGGAUGGCAGAGAGUAAACGAGAAAAUGCACGGGAUAUAAUAAACCAAUAUAUGGAAAAGAGUCUGAAUGUCCUACAUGAUGGCGUCGAUGUGGAGACGAGGCGAAAGGUGUAUUACGACAUUGCGCAGUUCGCUGACGCAGAGUAUAGACAAGUCGCUUCGUACAUGAAUUCUACAACAUUCGAAAACAAAGUCAAAUGUAUGGAAAGUAUGAAAGGCACGGCAGCUUGCUUGAAGUCGACUCAGCAAACUCUAACGAAAGAUGAAAGGAGAGCUCUAAUAGCUAAUAACGCAUUUCGUGAAUUGGAUGAAGCUGAAAUAGCUAAUACCAGAGCAGAGAAAGCAACAUUCCUGAAACUUGCUAUGAGAUACUACAUGCUAUCCUUAAAACAAAGCGAAGAGAACAAUUUAUCGGUGUUUCGCGUGAUUUCACUAUGGUUUGAAAACAACAACAUGGAUUUGAACGAGGGCUUAGGCGAGAUGCUGCAGGCUAUUCCAUCGUGGAAGUUCAUCACAGUCCUGCCCCAGAUUGCGCCCCGCCUUGCCGUAGAAAAUACACCAUUUAAUCAACACUUGCGGAACAUUAUAACUCGAUGUGCAAUAGAACACCCGCAUCAUACAUUGCCUAUCUUAUUUAAUUUGAAAAACUCCGAUAAGGAUAAGAACUUCGUAAAGACUAGUUCGGGGUCCCGUCUGUCGAAAUCUCCUCCAGAAUCGCGGGUUGCUGCUGCUAGUGAGCUGAUUUCACACCUAUCCUCGGACAAUCCAGUUUUAGCAGUCUUGAUAUCUCAAAUGGAGUUACUGUGUGACGCAAUCAUUAGCUUUGCAUACUUUGUCCCGACAUCAAAAGAAAUUGGCAAACCGAUACCAAUACCGCGAGAGGAACCUAUAUUCAAACUACGCGAUUUGGAUUGCAUACCAGUACCAACAGAUACCAUAGCUAUUCAGAGCAAUUGUGAUUAUACGAAAAUUAGUAGUUUGUCCGCUUUUGAAAACUGUUACGAACUGGUUGGUGGUAUCAAUUUCCCCAAAAAAAUAUCUUGUAGAAGUUCAGAUGGAAAGAAAAGAAUUCUACUGAUUAAGGGAGAAGAUGAUUUAAGGCAAGAUGCUGUGAUGCAACAAGUGUUCACAAUCGUAAACACGUUACUUGAGAAGAAUCCUGUGACUUAUCACAAUAAACUGCUUAUUCGUACUUAUAAGGUAGUACCGAUGUCUCGUCGUUCAGGUGUGUUGGAGUGGUGCGCAGGAACAAUGCCGCUCGGCACCUAUUUGGUUCACGCACACACGCGCUAUCGACCUCAGGACAUCACUCCAAGUGUAGCUAGAAAUAAGAUGAAAGAAUGCCAUGAGCACAGAAGAUCCAAUAAACAUAAGUUGGCUGUUUUUAACGAAAUACUUAGAGUCUUUAAGCCAAUAUUCCACUAUUUCUUCACGGAACACUACCUCGACCCAGUCACGUGGUAUGAACGACGACUGGCCUACACUAGAAGCGUUGCAACAUCUUCCAUGGUUGGAUAUAUACUGGGAUUAGGCGAUCGUCACGUCCAGAAUAUAUUAAUAGACAAAACGACUGCUGAAGUUAUACAUAUUGAUUUUGGUAUCGCUUUCGAUCAAGGCAAAACAUUACCAACACCAGAGACGGUCCCAUUCCGUUUAACACAAGAUAUAGUUGCUGGUUUUGGGUGCUGUGGAGUUGAAGGAAUAUUUAGAAGAUGCUGCGAGAAAACUUUGCUAUUGCUUCGGGAUAAUCAGGAAACUUUGCUGACCAUUUUAGAAGUGCUUUUAUGUGAUCCGUUGUAUUUAUGGAUCGUCCCGGAUGCCGCUAAGAAUUCUUACGAAAGAAGAGGUGAAAAUGUUUCGGCCGGUGGUUUGGCUGAACGUGCGCUCCUAGCUGUACGAAGUAAAGUUAGCGGUUCCGAAGGAGGUGCUGGUGGAGUGUCGGUCUGUGGUCAGGUCGCUGCUCUACUCCACUGUGCGACAGAUCGCGCUAACCUCUGCAGACUCUUUCAUGGGAUAAUUUUUUCUGACAGUACAGUGCUGUUUGCUGGUGGUAGCCACGGAUCGACAAGAUACGGCGCUGAAUGGCGCCACGUACGUCAAUGA